AUGGGUAGCUCGUCGGAGGAGGAUGAGGAGGAGGCCUUAUUCCCGAACUACCCCUACGAACUAUACUUUGUCAAGAGCCCGUCCACCGCCUCCCAUGCAGACGUCUACAGCUCCAAAUCGGGCUCGGAGUCAGGCGGUGGAGGGUGGUUUCGGUAUUUUACGUUUGGUUAUUCGGAUUCGGGUUGUUGGGUCCUGUUGCAGUUGGGUUGGAGGUUUUUGCUGAGUCUUGCCAUUGCGCUCAUUGUUUUCUACCUUGCUGCCAAACCACCACCUCCUAACAUUUCUCUUCAGAUAGUUGGCAUACGACAAUUCAGAUUAGGUGAGGGAGUUGAUGGAUCAGGCGUCACCACCAAAUUAUUAACCUGCAAUUGCUCCAUACACCUGAUUGUUGAUAACAAUUCCAAGCUCUUUGCCCUUCACAUCCAUCCUCCUCUUGUGGAAAUAUUAUUUGGCCAUCUACCUUUUGCAAUCUCACAGAGCAAAGAACUGUAUGCUGGAAGUAAUGAUAUAACAUUGUUCAGAUUAAAUAUUGGGACAAAGAAUAAGCCGUUGUACGGAGCAGGCAGAAACAUGCAAGACCUGCUGCAAUCCGGUGAGGGUGUGCCUUUGGUGGUUAGGGUGGGCUUCAGAUCAAGCUUCCGUGUUGUUUGGGGGCUUUUUGUUUCCAAAUUUCACUACAAAGCCCAGUGUUUGGUGCUUCUGAGCAAUGUAUACGAUAAGAAACACAAGACCCAAGUUUAUAAUAGCACUUGUAUGGUUUAUUCCUAG